CCAAUUUCCAGACUCGCGGCUAACGUCGUCUCAAAGGCUUGCGUCUCGUGCCGCGCUCGCAAAGUGAGGUGCGACGUCGUUGAAGGUGCACCGUGUGGCAAUUGCCGAUGGGACAAUGUGGAAUGCAUCGUCCAGGAGAGCCGCCGUCGAAAGUAA